AUGGCGGCGGCGGACUCUGGCGACGGGCCGCGGCUCCCGCCCUUGGGCCUGCUGCUGCUGGGCCUGCUGCUCCUCGCCGGGCCCGGCGCGUGGUCGGCGCGGAGCCGCGGUGGCGGCGGCGCCGACAAGCAGAACAGCCUCCGGCGGGCGGCCAGCGGCGUCUACCAGGGCGUCAGCGGCCUCUUCGGCGAGGAGAACGUGCGCGCCCUGCAGAAGUUCUUCUCCAGGCUGACGGAGCGAUUCGUGUACGGUGUGGAUGUUCUGGUGGAUACCUUCUGGAGGAUAUGGACAGACCUGCUGGACGUUCUUGGGAUUGAUGCCUCGAACUUGACCCACUACUUCAGCCCCGGAGCCGUCGCCAACAACCCCACGCGCGCCCUCCUGCUGGUCGGGGCCACCUUGCUGGCCUACUGGUUCGUUUCGCUCUUCCUCGGGUUCUUCUUCUACCUGCUGCACUUACUGUGUGGCCGGUUCUUCUGGCUCAUGAGGGUCGCGCUCUUCGCCCUCUCCUGCGUCUACAUCCUCCAGAAGUACGAAGGGGAGCCGGAGCACGCCGUCCUCCCCCUGUGCUUCGUGGUGGCGGUCUACUUCAUGACGGGCCCGGUGGGCUUCUACUGGAGGCGGAGCAGCCACAGCACCCUCGAGGAGAAGAUCGACCACCUGGACAGUCAGAUCCGGCUCCUCAACAUCCGGCUCUCGAGGGUGAUCGAGAACAUGGACCGAGGCGGCGAGCAGUGAAGCGGAAGGGCCGGCUCAACUUUCACACCAGCUCUUUAGGAAGUUGCUGAGCACCGUCUGUCUCUCUCAUUCACGACGACGUUACGAAGCAAAGGACUUAUACCGGGGUAAAACCACGUGCAAACAUUAAGACGUUAGAUGUUAGGAGUAGUCGAUGCACUGGAAGAAAUACGACAAAAAGAAAUUAUACUUGUAAGAUAAGAGUCUUUAGCUGUAUAUUUAGAGAUUUCCCCCCCCCCUUCCAUGAGUAGGAUUUUAUCUGCUUCCUUUUUCUCUGAGCAUUGAAGACAUCUUUUGUAAAAAGAAAUGUUUUUUAUAUAAAGGCCUAUUGAGUAGUCUAUUUAAAAUGACUAGAGAUACCACCGAGCUUGAUACAGAUUUAACGCUUUAAAAAGAGGAGGAGAGCUUAGAACAAUUCUGCCCAAAGCUUCUAUUAGGAAAUGCUGGGGUGGGGUGAGAUGGGGGGAGUUGUCAGAGUUUCAUUGCAUAUGUCUUUGCUUUUCCUUUCAUGAAAUUGUGGCCAUUUUUCUUUUGCCUGUGACUUAACUCGCAUUGCCUCAAGUUGCCUUUUACAGUUGCAGAGGAACAUGUUUCUUCUGGUCAAGCUUGGUGGGGGGGGAGGUGGGAAGAGUCACAUAGCGUGGCUUGUAAAGCUGGGGAGCGGGGGAGCAACCUCUGGACACCAAACCUUUAAAGCCAAAAAAGAAGAACUUGAAUUUCUUGCGUCCUCUCUAAACCCCCAGCGCUAAUUACAAUAGAGAUUAGCGCUGACUUAAGUGCAAAUAUGGACAUUCCAGUUCACACACCGGGGUUUGUCCAGCUCUCUUCUGUAACCAACACAACCCCAAAAGACACACAGCCAUUGAUGCUGCAAAUAACGUGUACACUCAAACGCUAUACAAAAUGCUUAGUAUAUUCAUAAAUACAUAACUCACACGUGCUGAUUUGUUGAAAACACUCGACACAUUGCAUAUAAAGAUUUCAUCUCACGCAUACCCUUAAAGAUACAUGAACAAUGUUCUGGAGAUAAUUAUCAGGGGCUCCGUGAGUGCCAGUGACUAAUUCAGAGUCCAAGAAGAAUCCAGAGUCCCGUUUGGUGGAGGUCUUGCACGACAGGACACCGGUAAGACCCCGUUUCCCGGAAUUGCUUCCUCAGGCGCAUUCGUGCUCCAAACUACCUAUUCCAAGGGACUGAUAUUGCCAUUAAUUUUAGCGCAUCGCUCCGUUUGAGCUCAGCACGGACCGCUGGCGUACCUAACAUUGUUCGUGUAUCUGUAAGGGUAUGUGUGAGAUGAAAUGAGAGCUUUAUAUGCAAUGUGUCAAGUGUUUUCAACAAAUCAGCACGUGUGAGUUACGUAUUUAUGAAUAUACUAAGCAUUUUGUAUAGUGUUUGAGUGUACAAUUUAUUUGCAGCAUCAACGGCUGUGUGCCUUUUGGGGUUGUGUUGGUUGCAUCUGUUUGCACAGCUGUCUCUUUUGUUUGGACAGCUCUCUUGUGUGGCAGAGAUCACUCUAGACACACACAGAGAUGUUUGUUUUCUUCAGCAGAAUGCAGAUUGACACAGGCAGGAGUCUUGGUUAUCAAGGGUGUGAGCCGCCAGGAAUUUCUCCUAUAAACUUACUCUCCCUUGUGGUAGCAAAAAAAAAAGUCUGAUUAUACCCUGGUGUAACUACCAGUGAUAUGAAUCAGGCUUGAGGAAGGGGAUCUGUUUCAUCACCAUCUCAGUGAAUAAAAAUUAAAACCAGCCUGAUUAAAUACAAAUCACCAGGGCUUUUUUUUUUGUAGCAGGAACUCCUUUGCCUAGUAGGCCACAUACCCCUGAUAUAGCCAAUCCUCCAAGAGCUUACAGGGCCUGUUGUAAACUCUUGGAGGAUUGGCUACAUCAAUGGGGUGAGGCCUAAUAUGCAAAGGAGUUCCUGCUACAAAAGAAAGCCCUAGGAAAUCACUAGGAAAACAGCGGUGCACAGCAAUGAAAAAUGGGCAGGUUACAGCUGGCCUUGGCAAUAAAGUAAUUUUCC